AUGAGCAGUAAUCCUAUUCGAUGUGUUGCUGCUGCACUAGCUGAUUUGAUUCACCACGAUAAUGUUUCCACUUCAGACAACAAUGAAGAACGAUUCGUCGUGAUACCAAUUGUGGAGUUGCCACUUAGUUACAGUGCCUUGAAUUCGCCAGAAAUACUUUAUCUAGAUGGAACGAAUCAGAUACUGCUUCGGUGUAUUAAUGGCUUAACAAUGAUCUUUGAUGCAGCCUUUGAAAACACAUCACCUCUGGCUACAUAUCGUUUAAAUCCGAAUGCCCGGAUAGUUUAUAAUAAGCAUAGCAAUACGCUGGCAGUUGCAGAUUCCAAAAUGCUUUGUUUGCGUCAGGAUUAUGGCGGUACAUUUCUUCUUAAAACUGCACUAAAGAGACCAUCAAAUAAAACUGUUUCUGUUGAAUUGCCAUUAGACGAGGCCACAAAAUUUCUACAGAUAAUCACAAAUGAUCCUGAUUCAGAAGAUAUUCUGAAACAUCGACCUGCUCUCCAUAAAUUUACAUCGCAUUUACGCACUGCAGUUGCGAAUGUAUCCGCUAACACUAUGGAAUCGGUAGUAGUAGAAACAAACGGCAAAGAAUUGCUUGAGCAACUACGACCGUUGGAAACUCCUGGGGAAAAGAAUAGUACAGAAGUGCCACGGGAAUGGAUGACUUUUAUCUGGCCUUAUAUUUCAAUGCUUGGAGAACGCGUGCGACUGAUGUUGAAUCCAGAUAAUCCCUAUAACUUCGAAUACUCACCAGAGUGGAAAGGCCUAAAUAAGGACAUGAUGGCAAGUGAAGCUGCUCGUCGACUUACAUUUCAAAAUUGGCCUCAUAUGGAGUACAGAUGGGCUCUUCCGUGUCAGAUGGCCGAAGCAGGAUUUUAUCACCAACCAAAUAAUGCUGGCGAUGAUCGAGUUCUCUGUUUCUCUUGUUUUGUUUGUUUGGUUUGUUGGGAACCUUCAGAUGAACCUUGGUCUGAACACGAACGCCAUUCGCCAAAGUGUCGCUUUGUGCAUAAUUAUACUAAUCCAAAUGUGCCCUUGGUUUUAACAAUGUCCGCUUUAUCACCAUUCAUUCAUCACUUGCAAGUGAAUCAUACAUCGUCACUUGUAUUCUCGGUCGGAAGUGGUGACUGGAUCGCUAUAGCAAGCAAAGAAUCUGCCGAAGUAUAUCUGUGGAGAAUGGGUAGUGUCGUGCAGAUAAAACAGUGGUUUACUUUGAAUUCAGAGAAGUUCUUUUCCGCUGUUCUGGACUGUAUGGUGAUGGAAGGCGAUCUGCCUCCUCGCAGAACUCAGAGAGUCACCUGGAGCGACGAUCUCACAAAUUGUUUGAUAAAUACUGAUGGAGAUGAAGAAGCGCAACAGGACAACAGUAUAAAAGGAUCCUCAUCAGAUGACUGUUUACUGAAACCAGCGCUGUGUGCUUUGCUGGCUGAUGCUAAUUGCGAAACUAUUAUAACAGCUCUUUGUACGGUUGGAAGACCAUGCCUUGACGACCCUUCUAUAGGGGCCGUGACAAGGAAAUCAUAUGAGCAGAACCAAACUUUAGUGGUUGUCGCUGUCUCCGUAAAUGACGCAAAACUUAAAAGAGUACGCGACCAGAACCAAAGUAGUUUGGAAACUGAAAUAAAUACAUUAAAUACAAUGAAUAGAGCUUAUGAAUUUAUCGAUAUACCACCACGAAUUGUUAGCGGAUCACGUUCUGUCGAUGAUUGCAUUAAUUCCGGUGCAUCACUCCGACCAUUUUUGACUCUUUACCAGCUUGACUGUGCAGAUUCUUUCAGUUCGCGUAAAUGCACAUCUUCUACCCGCCAAGAGGAUUCAAAACCGAUCGAAAAUAAACAUUCUCCUAAUGCAGACGAAGCUGAUUUCACCGAAGGAGUGCUAUUGAUGGACACUACUGACGAUGCAAUCUUGGAGUGGUCCGACUCUGCAUAUAGCGAGCAUUCUGGUUUUGUUGAUUUACCUACCGGAGAGGAAAAUGAAGCAUUAGAUGGACCAUCGAAAACAGAUGCAAAAUAUGAUGAAAAAACGGGUUACGUAUCUGUUAAUUAUGAGGCACCAUUGAUGGAUAUUUCUUUCGUACAGUGUUUAAGGCUACCAGCUGCAGUUGAUAAUACUUCAAUGGAGAUAUCAGCAAUAAUUCCAAUGCAAAAUAUUUUCGUGGUUGUUGUAGUUAACAAUAUAGAACCUACACUGAAUGCAGUUCAUUCAGCAAUAUUAAUAUAUCUUAUUCAUUUUGGAAAGAUUGCUAUCAGUUUUCAGAAAGAACCGCUAAAAGCUUACUAUUACAAAGAUUUUCGAAUUAUGCAGUUCUCUCUAGCAAAUAUGGAUCCUAUUCACACGAGUUCAGAAUCCUAUAUCAAUAAUGACUACUUUGAUGGUGGAGUUAUUCGUACAAUGGAAGAUACGGUUUAUUUCAUCAAUCUUAACACGAAUAAGCUGUAUCCUUUGUGUGAUGAAAAAGUGGCUCAAUUUGCUGCUAUGGGUAAUGGAAAAAUCACUCUACUGACGAGGAAUUCAGGAAAAUUGCUAACUGUUCAAAUUGAACAAUCGAGUUCACAUAGUGCAGAUUAUGAAGAAGAUGAGGACGCUGCAGUAGCUGCAUUAUUUAGCAAGAUGAGCGAUUCACAACAGUCAGAUAUACCAAAAAACGUUAACCGAGAAAUGGCGCGAAAUAUAUCGUCUAACUGUAGUAAUAUGGCAGAUAUAGUGGCAUCAGAGUAUCUCUCGACUGCAGGUCUACGGCGAAUAUGGAAGUUAACGAGAAGUGAUAUUGGCGGACCAGUAAGAGCUGCUACUUAUCGACCUCCCUAUCAUUUUGGUGGACAACCGGGAUACCAUCUCGUGGCUCCACCUGGAUGGAGCGAAGUGCCAGCAAACCAGCGAAUCAGAAAAUAUUUCAUCGAAAAUACACCAGUAGAAGGGGUGAAUCGAACCUGGUUUUAUCAAUCAGAUUGUCGGCAUUCGAGUGAAUUGCAUAUUUUUGAAUUGCUCCAUUUUCAGCACGGAUUACGCGUUUCGCACGUCGAUAUCUUUUUGAACUUCCAUGAAACAUGUUUAGCUUGUCCAGAUAUCGAAUUAAGAUUGUAUCGUUGGAAAAAUAAUGCUGAUGAUGUUUCUUCACCUUUGAAAAUACAUUUACAAGCAUCUCUUUCUGGAUGUGUUGAUCUAGAAGAAGUUGAGGCACAAUGUGAUUUGUUGGCCGGACCAUAUCAUUGCGCUGAAUAUGUUGAUCUUAAUAGCCAUUCCGCAAAAAUACAACUACCGGGAAUUGUUUUCUUGCCUCAACUUGUCAAAAAAGGCGGCAAUAUAAUUGGUACUAAAUCGGUUUCUUAUUACCUUGUCUUGAGGGCUUUAUCUGAUUAUUCUCUUGAUCAAGCAAUCACAGCUGUGAAGGCAAAUGAACGAGAUAAACUUAAGGCAACAGGUAUCCCAGGUAAAACAAAAUCAUCUUCGAAACGUCAUAUUGAUGACAGAGAAUUUACAGAACUAUCACAGUCUUCCACAGCGGCAACUGUACACGGUUCUACCCACGGAAAUACUGGUUUAACUAGUCGAUGUGGAAUACAGUGGAUAGAUGAACUGGUAAUAACAGUAGUAAAGGCGAAGAGAACAAUUGAGCCUAAUGAAAGAAUUGAAAGGCGUGCACUUAUUGAAACUACGGAUCUGCACAACAAUAUAGUGAUGCUUGCUGCUGGAAUCGCACCCAAAGUAUCACCAGCUCAAAAAACUCGUACAGAGGGCGAAAAAUUGCAGCAACAAAGUCUUGCUAUUGACAUUAUUGAAUGGCUUAUCGAUAACUGGGUCAAUACUUCAUCACACACUUAUCUAUCUGCUUUUGCUGAAAUGAUUAUUGAAAAUGUUGAUGCCAUUUUUGUUAACUGUUUCAUAAUUUCGUCAAGAUCAAUUUCUCACAAAUGGAGCGCUACAUUGAUGUAUUUGUUACGCGCUCUUCAAAAGUCAGAUGAUGCUACUUUUUCGAAAUUGCUACAAAUUUUUUUGUCAUGUUCAAUUCGGAUCGUGACAAACUUACAUGCAGUUAGGAAUGCUGGAUCUCUUCACUGGCUAUUUGUAUUUAUUUUCGCUUUGUUGAAGAUGGCAGUGAUGAAGACAAACGAUGUGUCCUGUGGUGAACUUUUAAACACUUUGUUAAAUGCAUUUACAAAUACGCUUAAGUUUGUUGGUAUUGCAUGGAAGCAAUGUUGGAACGGUUCUGUGCAUGAUAAAUUAGCUACUGAAUAUAAUCUUAGUGGAUUACCUACGGAGCUGGUUAUGUAUGAAUGGCCGAGGUCGGUUCUUUCUUUAUGGCAGCGAACAGCUACUGCCACUACUAAACUGAACGAUCCGAAUGAGUUAGCACAUGCUACUGCCUUUCCACCAGCAGCACCAACACUUAUUGCUUACAAAUGGACACCUACUGCUGCUGGUUACGGAAAAGGAUAUAGUGAAAUGAAACCAUCACAAGAUGCAGGAAUGACUCGUUGCGAAAAGAUUUCUACAGCUGAUUCUAGGAUUCCCAGUAAGGACUGCCUUGAUACAAAUACAAAUAUAAGUGGAUUAACCGCAGAGGAUGAAAUGGACUGGCUGGCACUAUUUAAUAUAUCAACAGAUUAUACAAAAGAAACUUCUGAAAGUAUCGCAGAAGCAAAUUCGGCAAAUUUUCAAAGAGAAUGCAAAUAUCAAGCAGUAACAUCAUCAACACAGUUGAGCGGUUUGUUGGAAACGGAGCCACUCACAUUCACCGUAAUAUAUGCUUCGGAUCACAUUAAAGUGGAGAACACGGAGACUGGUUUUAUAACAGAUGUUGAUUGCACAUCUACACCUAUUGGUCAUACUGAAAAGGAAGGUUCUAUACCACUGAAAAUUAUGGAUAUUACUCAAACAAUUUUAAACAAAAAUUCGGAACAAAAUAUUGGAAAUGAUUCCGGAGCUUCGAAAAUAGGACUGCAAGAUUUAAGCGCAGAUUUGAAUGCACGUAUGACGUUGAUUGCGAUGGAGCAAGCACAGACAAAAGAGGAUAAUGCAGUUGGAAACGUUGAGCAGAGCUCACAAAAAAAUUUUGAAGCAGUCUCACAAGGUUUCGCAACACAAGGAUCAUCAGCAAGCACAUUUGGUAUUCCAACUACACCAAAAACAACACCAUUCAUGACACCAACUCCACUCUCCCCAUCACAUCUCUCGCCCAUAAACUCAGAACCGAAUCUGGCGUUUAUGAUAAAGGAAGAGUCUACGGAUGCUGGUGAUGAAUUUCAGGAAAACAGUAAUCAAAGAACUGAAAUACAUUCUCAGAUUCCAUCGUUGAUACCCUUGAUUUCGUCUGAUAUCUUCAAGUUGCCAUCACAAAAAAUCUUAUUGGUGGAAAGAAUUUCUUUUGGAUCUAGAAAAUUCGUAAUAUUAGAUUUUGGAAUGCCUGUUCUUCUGACAGACUUAUUUAUCCCAUCGGUAGCAGAAAUAGCAGCAAUUUCUAUAGACGUGUGGCUCUUGGGUGAAAAUGUUGAUGGGCAGCGACUACUGAUGACAACGGAUAUAUGUUGCAAAAGUAUCGCUGUACAAGAUCUUCAACCCUUUAUGCGGAUAAGAUUUGUAAAGAUAACGUAUGUUGGACGGCAACUUUAUAGCGCAGCCUGUAAAAUUCCAGUAGGACUCUUUUUUGGGCAUCGUUACUUUUCAUCAUGGCAAAUUCAUUCAUAUCCAUUUAUGCAAAAAGAGUAUUUUGCUCGUUGUAUGCCAUCUAAUCAACAAAAAAAGAUGGUGGUUGCCUUAAAUAAUUUACGUCAGCUCUGUGAAGAUUUACGAUGCAGACAUCAACUUGUGAGUGCUGAACUGCAUCGUUUGGUAGAUGAAUCUGCUUCUGAAGAAGAAGUAAAACAAGUUUACCGCGAAUGUGUUCAACUCAGUUUGCAGUGGAAUAUUGUAGUAGAUUCUGAUCAAAAUUUGGAGAAAGCUCUGCACGGAAGCUGGAGUGACUGCUGUCCAGAUCAAUUGCAAACUGUUGCAGUCGAACUUUUUGCUUUGGUCACUCGGGCAACUCAUUUGAUUGAUGUUUGGACUGUUGCAUUGGAAAUAUUUACCAAUGACAGCAAGGCUGCUGUUCAGAGCUGUUAUCCAAGUGAAGCAAAAUAUGCCCGAAUAAAAUGUAAAGAAACGUUGGAAGUAAAUUUGUCACUUCCAUCAACUGAGGAGGUUGUUUUGCAACCGAAGUUCAAUCUUGAUGAUGCCGUUACCCUCUUCGUUUUGUUUUGUGUUCCAGCUGUACCGAGAUUGCAGGUGGGAUGUAUCACUUGGCUAUUUCAUCACGGAUCCGAAAGUGAGUGGUGGCCAUUGUUCUUUCCUCGUGUCCUAAAGGAAAUUUUUUCUACGCAGCUCAGAAAACAUGAUCACAAGAUUUUUUUACAACUGUCAUUUUUAUGCAAUCACUCAGUGAAAUCUAGCUCGAAACAGUCUGCUAUUAUUCUCGAGCUUUUUAAUCUCAUCAAAGAAAUAGCAAUGGGUGCUCUGGAUAGUGCAGUCGAUUGUCAAUAUCAAAAUAACUUAGAUGUCACCUUGCUUUGUUGGUCUCUGAUGCUUCUUUCGAGCGCUUUUGAUGUUAUUGCUCACAACAAAAAAAAGAAUGACCGUUGGGCAUUCAUUGGCGGUGAGUAUUCGCGAGUAAUGACAACGAACGAAAGAUAUGAUUCUAUGCCCAAAUGGCACAAGAAGAAGUUGAAGUUUGGGAAUAGUGACGAGAAAACCACAGAAUCCUUAAAAAAUAUCAGCUCUGCUACCUUGAAAACUCAACUCGAGACAUUGUGGGAGAAGCACUUAAAGGUGAUGGAAGCAAUGAAAGCAAAUAUGAAGAUAUCUAAGGCAUUAAAUGCCAAAAUGCAAAAGAAAGUUGAAAUGGAGAAGAAAAUCCAUGGUUUAUCCCCACCUAAUAAAAUGGGUCAUUCGGUUUUCGCUGAAACAGAUUUCCCAACAGAAUUGACACAAGAGCUUCAUGCGACUUUGUUGCCGUUCUUCGGUGAGCAACAGAUGAAAGAAAUUUUGGCCAAGAAAUGUGUCCAUCAACAAAGUUCAGAUUUGAAGACAUCGGCCGAUUCUUCUGAAUCAGCUUUGAAAAAGGCAAUAUCUAUGGCAAACAAAAGUAAUUCCCGAUCUCGCUGCAAACAGUAUAGUAUUCGCUUGAAACUUCCUCACGAUCCAUGUAUCGAUGUUGCUCGAAAAUUAAUCAGUUUACUUUGUGAUUUUGAAAGGCAGCUUCCUAUAUUAGCCAAAUUGAUAAUAUGUAAAGUUGUUGCUCGUAUAUGCAUUAGCGCUUCUCACCAUACUAUUCCUUUGAUUUGUGUUUUGGAUGGUCCAAUUGAUAAACUGAUAAAAAUUGGAUUGGAGGAACAAGGGACUGGUUUGCUGAAAUAUGCAGUUUUGCAUUUGAUUUUAGAUGUUAUUGAGGCAGAAUCACGUGCCAUCCCUAAAUUAAAUACAUCUUCCAAAAAUCAAGUUUCGAUGAAGAUUAAGGAUUCAAAGAUAUCUGAAAUACCAGAAGAGCUUGAUUUGCUUUGUAUGCAUCAUACGGGAUGCCAUUUUGCUGAUAUCAUUCGUGCAAAAUCCAAGAGUGAAAUAAUGAUGGAAGAUGUGAAAGAACGAAAAUCAACUGGCAUUACGGCGGCUGUAUGUUGCCUUCCGGAAGUCUUUUGCGGAGCAAAAACUUCUCGAUCCUUUAGCAUUGCAAACUAUGAUGAACAACCCGACUUAGGAUCUGAACUACUAGAAACAUUGAUAUAUCAAAUUCUGAUAAAUACCAGGCAAGCGGUGGUGCCAGACGGUCCUAAUGAUGAAAUUCGAAGUCACACUUUUCAGAGGAAAGCUAAGGAAAUAAUCAUGGAGAAACUUGCAAAAGGUGAACAAUUGUGUUAUGUGUUUCGCUGGAUUGAUGAUCUUCUGGAAGCCGAGGAGCAAGCUGCGCGUUCUUGUGACGGUGAUCUAGAAUCAUAUCUAGAAAUAAUGGAAACCCAAACAUUAACAGAUACAGCAUAUGAAGGACUUACAACUACAUCAAAAUCAGCGUUUAUUGCUUGUUGCAUAUCAGAAUACAUGCGCUGUUUGAAUGACAAAAGAAGCGAUGAAUCAACUCAUGGUUUCGUAUCUUCCUCACCGAUAGCUGAACCAGGAUCCAGUUCACCUUCAGCUCCUGAAUCGCCGACGCUGCGUACGACCGAUGUAGAAAUGAAAGAAAGUGGAUAUAAAACGGGGCAGAACGAUGAAGAUAUGGAAGUGAUGAAAAACACAGUUGAUUUUGUUUCUCAUGAUAAUACAAAAGUGACGGCAGGUUCUGCCUUUGAAUUUGAACACUUAGAAGCAUUGGAUUUGUUUAACUCUGCAACUCAAGAAACUUCCAUGGAAACGGAGCCGUGUUCGUCAGCUUUUUCUAUUUUUUCGGAAAAUAAAGUAAAGAAAGGUAUGGAAAAAUGGGUGCCGGUGAAAUGGAUGCCGAAAAUAUCCGUGAACAGAGAGAUUUAUGUGGAACAUAUAAUGGCUUGCUUUCUGGGUGAAUUUCGACUGGCAAGAAAUGAUAUCUUGGUGCAACCUUGUUCAUUUGUAUAUCCUGAUCAUCUGACGCAACAAUUAGGCUUGAACCAAUAUGUUCAUUGUAUGAAUAUGGAUUUUCUUGCUGACAUUAUCACAAGAUAUUCAGUUCGAGAUCUGAGUAGGUGGAGGGCUUGCUUGUUGUCGCGUCCUCGGCUACCGGAAGAUGAAACGAUGCGUGCACAACUUGGCGAAACACUGAAUGCAACUAGCGCUGCUCUUGGGCGAUUUGUUCAAUCCAUUUCAUCUAAUGACUCUGAUGAAACCGUGCAGCAACUUCUUACAUUUUGCCUGGAUUUCGAAGCUGGUCUCAUUCGUAGGACAUUUUAUAAUUUAGUUUUCUUUCAGCAUAGCAAACUCUGGGCAGCAAUUAAUUCAACGAAGAAAUUGCCUGCAGUUGGCAAAUGCAUACUUCCCGCUGAAAAUAUAACUUCCAUUGUGAACUUUGCGGUAGUGUCGAAUUCACUUUCUGAACAUUUAUGGGUGCUCAUAUUACGUACCCUGGACCUUAUAGUCAAAAAUGAUUCCAUGGCCGCAACACUUCUGAUUGAUUCACCUCUUUUUUGCAAACUAAUUAAUAAUUUUUUGGUGAAAAAUAUUGCAAGAGUUAAUCAAUCGUUAACAACUGGUCCUUCAACGAUAUGUGCCUUCAAAAGUUUUAUUACACGACUUCAUGAUUCGCAUGAUAUCUCUCUUCGUAGUAUUCUUUGUGUCAAAAUUCUCACUGUUCUUACGGAUAUUUCUUCACAGCAGGAUGAUUUGAUUAAUUUCUCAUAUCCAAUCGAUUGCUUGGUUGAAUUAUUGAAUGUUAUGACGAAUUAUACAUCAGACUAUGUCAAUGUGGCCCCACGCGAGCUUGCUAGAUAUAUAUCUUCAUCAAUCCAUACGGCACGAAGUUUCAUAUAUUAUUACAAGACUUCGGGCAGUUAUUCGCUAGUUUCUGCUGAUUCAUAUCUUCGACCGAACAUAUGCUUUCAAGUUACUCACAAGAUACCGACCAAUAUGCAUCAUGCAUGUGAAAAUACACAUUUCUCCCACUGUCCAUAUGUUCCAGAACUGUGGGGACAAUAUGGCCAGCAUUUACAGCUACCUAAUCAGUUUGUUGAUCCGAAACGAUCAUCUAUACGACGCGGUGAUUCAUUGAACCGUUUCUCAUUGUCUUCUCGCUGGCAAAACCAGUCAAAUAUGUUUCGUCAGGAAAUGCUAAAUCAGAUUGCGUGUUAUUUGGACCGUUCAAGCGAAGUGUCAGACCAUUUAUUGAGCAGCUUCCCAAGUUCAAUCGAAGAACUAUUUGAAAUUGUGGCAACAUGCAAAAGUGCCGUUCCGGAUGUAAAUUUAAUUUCUCUGCAAGACUGGAAUCACGUAACUUUGGGUGACCACGCGCUAUCAAUGUUACUAAAAAUAUCGCAAAAAGUGUCGCGUGAGACAAAGCGUUUGUUCGAAAUAGCUGUGCGUGUAAUAAAACGCUGUGCCAAUCCAUCUAGUUACUCACUUUCAAAACCGCUUGCUUUUGCAUUUGUUCAAAUGCUAGGACUUAAACAUAAUCAGAUUCAUUUUGCUGAGCUCGGAGGACACUUAAUUGUGGCACGUGAAUUGGAACGUUCUAUACUGGCUUCAGCAAAUGAUUGGACAGCUCCAAUUUCUGCUCCUCUUAUGCGACAGCUUGCUUCAUUGUCCGCUCAAGUGGCUGGUAGCAAUGAUUAUGGGUGGCAAGCACCGAAGUUACAGACCGAUGUACAAGACGAUGGAUUGUACAAUUACGCACCACUCUGUACAAUAAGUUCUGAGCAAACACCAAACGUUAGUGGACAGCUGUUAUCCUUGAUUGCGGUUACUGCAGCGCGUCGUACUCGAUCCGCUAAUUGGAGCUAUCAAUUUAAUGAAGGUGGCGGCGAAUGGUUCGAUAUUACCCUGAACCUUCCAUAUCACAUAGUUUUGCACGAAAUACAAAUCCGACCCCAUGUUCCUGCUUUAAGCACAGCUCCAGCAGCCGUUCAAGUUGAACUAUGUUCAGAAACAUCCCUUACUCAAUGGUGCAAUCUUGGCGCACCACUGAGCACUACUGGAUAUAGCAAGAUUCGCAUUUCAACAGACUCAUACAAACUUCCCGUACGCUUGUAUUUUAAAAAACCACCGGAUUCGACAAACUUAUCCCUUUCGCAGAUACUCUUGUUAGGGAUGAACUUCACUACUUCACUGACAUAUACAUGUCCAAAAAAUACAGACUUCGUACAAUGGCUUUCAAUCAUGGUACAAUUAUGUCGUCUUGAGAAAUAUUGUAUUUGGCAAUAUGCUCCGGAACUUCCACGUGCUGUUGUAGCGCUCUUUUUGGGUCGACCACUAUCAAGCCUAGUUUACCAUCGCAUUUCAGAACUUUUUUAUCAGAUCGAUCAUGAACGGACAAAGCCGUACUCGAUCGUUCAACUGAUUUUUCAACACAUAGAGCAAGGUAAUACUGUUACCAACGAAUCCUUGGAAUGGCUUCCAAACCUACUUUUUACGUUAUGUGCACGCAACCUAUCACCACCAGAAGAUGAUACUGUCAGAGUACAAAUGGACCAGAUCUGUGUCGUAAAACAGUAUCAAGUGCUUCUUGGUGUUACUUCUAUAAUCACUUCGCAGAAUUAUAAGAAUCCACUGCGGGACGUUGCUGCUGUUUUAAUUUGGACUGCUUCUUGUAUUAUAUGGCAUAAUAUUAAUGUGGAAGAGCGACGUCUUGAUACCUUGGCACUGUGCAUGGAUCUAACGCCACAGCUUCUUCCGUUUCUAUGUGAAAUGGCAGUGGAUGUUAGUGAGCAGUGCAAUGAUACAUUAGCAAAAUCGGCAUCUUGGCUAUUGUGCUCGUUGAUGCGCGGUGCACCACAUCUUCUACGGAAUGCAUUGAAAGAGAUCGGCCUGUUAGAUUUGAACGACAAACCGAAAAAAGAAGGUGUUACCCAGAAUGCAUUUACUGUUGUGCAACGAAUGUGCCAGUCAAGGACGAGCAUAACACAGCUUCACUCCUUUGGUCUCCUACAAUAUUGGAUCGAAUUAGUUAUUACUUAUUGCAAAGAAACAACCAUGGAACAUAUGCCAAUAUUAGUUAGCAUAGUUCGAUGCUUAGCAUCGCUAUGUUGCAUCGAGGAUGUAGUCAAAUUCCUGGAUUUCAUAGGUGGUUCACGUUUUUUCAACUCUCUCAUAAAAUGUGUAGUUCGAUGUGCUGCUUCACCUGGAGAUAUGACUCGUAGAUCCGGUAAACAAAGCAUCAAAUUAGAGGACGCUACCGUCAGUUUGCUUUCACAGUGUGUUACUGUUGGCGGCUCACAUCGUCAACGCAUAGCUCACGUUUUAUGUUCCCUCUUAAAAAGUGCCGGUAGUUUCAAUGGUGCAAUUCAACAAAUGGUAUUGAAGUGCAUUUUCGACGACGAGAUGAUUCCUGUGAAGGCAGUUGAUGAAGACACUUCAAUUUGUUUCCUGUCGUUUGAUAUCCCAAAUCGUAUUUUGCAUCCAUUUUUUGGCUGUACACGUAGGGAACGUUUUUUAAAAGUGUCUUUAUAUACCUCCAUGGAUGAGAUUUCUGCUUUAUGCGAGCAUAAAAAUACAAGCGACUUUCGGCAGUUGGCAAAAAUUGCUGCACCACUGGAUGAACUGCAGCAUUUCUCGUCUAUUUUUAACAGUCAAAAUUUGACAACAGCUCUUCCCUCAUUUACUUCUUCACGUUUAAUGAUUCGAAGUUGUGAUGGUUUGGCCGAGAUGAUGGGUGAUUGGAAAAUUGGGCAGUUGCUAGGAGAUUUAUUUGUUUCCGGACGUUUAACGUCUUCGGCUUGGAAGCAAAAAAUAGUCGAUGGCAAUACAGCAAAAGUAGCAGUUGAAGAUAGUGCUGAUGGUUAUUACACCGUUGCUCUUUCGUAUAUUCAGCGCCCAGGUUUAACAGGAAGUACUAGUGCCGUGCGAUGUCAUAAGCCAGAUGUAACACUCACGGAACAGACAUCAACCUUGCAGUACUUUGCACGUGCUAGUGGUCUCGCACUUUUAGCGCUGCAUUUGCAACUACAUCAUCCAUCAUUUAACGCUCCAACCAUUAUUUCUUCAUUCAGGGACUCAAAAGGAAAAUCAGCUGAUCAACAAUGGUUGGUAGAUUCAUCAGAAACGGUCGCUAUGAACGAAAUAUUACCAUCCAGUUAUACCUGUCCAACAUCAAUUUUCUCUUCGCCUGAUCUAUCUGUGGGGGAACCACUAUACAGUACCUUGUAUGUACCCGUUUUUAGUAGUGAAACCGAUCUCGGUCCUGGCUACGAGGACUUCGAAUAUAUUGAUUCAGCUGCUCCAGGAGAAGUGAAAGGAUGGACACAUUAUCCCUUAUUCUCUCAAACUGAUAAUUCAGGAAGUUAUGUAGCGCCUAAAAAACUACAAAAGAUCGGUUCACAGCCGUCGAAUCAAGCUCUGUCGCCACAUGUGGUCGUCGCUUUCAGUUUAUUCUUAAGACUGGAAGGAUAUGCCGAAUUAUUGGUAACAUACGACCGCAAACGUGCGAAAGGUCUUCUACGGCUUGCAAUGGGCGUAAUCACUACUGAAACAUCGCUUGUAAACAAGCCGCAAAUGUUGAAACCAGGUGUAUUUCACAGAGCUACUCAGUCACAGCUCCAAUCAAAGCAGAAGUCAGAAUGCGAAAAUCUUGGUUUAUUGCCAUUUGUUGUUCUAGAAGAAUUAUUCAAUAAAUAUUUACCCUCUACAGCUGCCGGGAAAUCUUUACGGGAAGCUGCAGUAACCAAUGGCGUUUUGGACGUUUUGUUAGAUUGUUUGGCUCAUUAUACCCAUCAAAAACAUAAAGAAAGACCCAUUCGGCCCUCAUCUAUUCCUCCAGCUCCUGAGACGGCUGUUUUGGUCGAACGCUUGUUGCGAGGCUCGAUAGGACAGGAGCAGUCAUCGGUUGAAGGUGUCAACCUUGGAUUUGCGGCAGAAGAACGUAUGAAUAGUUCUGGAAAUGUUGGACCAGCAGUGAGCUCUGCUUCAAAUGUUACUCAUCCACACGGUUUUUGGGCCAAAGGUACUGGUUUUGGCAGUGGAACUACGCAACAACAAUGGAAUGUUGAUUUGCAUGUCCUAAAGCGAAAACAGGACGAACAAAAUGUAACUCAUCUGUUGAGAGUACUUUCAAGCUUUAUAUAUCCUAAAAUUAACGAGUAUUUGGAAACGGAAAAGAAUCGGACAACUGAUAUCAAGGGAGGUAACACAGUUGCUCCACUGGCAUCUAUGGAUUCAGAAGAUACUGAAGUACAUAGCAGAAGCCAAAGUAUAUCACCAAUAUCUGUGUCAGAUUCAUCGACGCCAGGACCUUCUUCGGGUCAUGAAUCAAUUCCUUCAGCCAUUUCAUCAAGUGUGAAAUGGUCCUUAAGUUCAGUUGUAGUUAAAAUGCUAUCUCGCUCCUGUUUAUUGCCAGCUAUUUGGGCAUAUCUUAGGAAUGAUUCCGUUUUGGAUAUAUCUCAACAUGUAGAAUUGUAUGAGUCUGUUGUGUACAUAGUAGCUGCGUUGGCAUUGAGUCCAGAAUCAACAGGUGAAAAAAAGGAAGAAGAAGAUGAGAUAACUGCAUUGCUUUCUGAACCAGAAUCAGGGUAUUCA